CUGGAUAAUUUUAUUUAUCUAUGUCCAUUAAUCCAUCAGCCGAAGCGUCGUUUAGUGCUAGAUGAUGACGACGAGGAAGAAAAUGAUGAAGAGGUGGCUGCGAAGAAAGUGGCCCAUGAAUCACACGAUGAUCGUGAAGUAAUUGCACGACAGAUAUUUGAAGAUGAGGAUGAUGAAGAAAUGCCUAGUGGACGGACAAUGGCUAGUAAACCAGCCAACUUCAGAGUUACGGGUGAAGACGAGGAGGAGGAGGAAGAAGAGGGAGAGUAUGACGGCUGUGUACUCAAUUUGACUGACUCAUCCCCAUCCAUGGUGCCCAAAGGUGUCAUUCAGUGUCCCCCUCCCCGUGAUCAGAUUGUAUCUCCAAGCUCACGCGAGACACUUCGAUAUCUAAACUGA